AUGUCUCAUUCAGUAUUCCAAACAGCACAAAUCAUGCCUAUCAAUACCCAAAUCAUCCCUUCUUCUAAACCCCACUUAUCUUCGAAACCCUUAUUGCCCCCUUCACUCUGCCGCCCUUCUCUUUUCGCCGGCAAAGUUCGUAAAACCAACGUUGUUAUCAUCAAGGCUACGGCGUCCCCGGCUGUCGACGGCGACCCUAUGGCCGUCUUGGAACGCUGCUUUCAAGCUUCACCUUCUCUCGAUUCUCCGGCGUCGUCUUCGGUUAUCAAAUUUGCUAAUAACUUGGCCACAUCACAGCUUUCAACUGGCGGAGGAGGUGGAAAUAUGGGAAAGAAUCUAAAUCAUGGCGGUGGUGAUGGAGGUGACGAUGGUGGUGAUGAUGACGAUUACUUCGAUGAUUUUGAUGAUGGUGAUGAGGGAGAUGAGGGUGGACUCUUUAGGAGACGAAUGAUACUGCAGGAGUUGUUUGAUCGUAAAUUUGUUGAUGCCGUGCUGAACGAGUGGCAGAAGACAAUGAUAGAUUUACCAGCUGGACUUCGGCAAGCCUAUGAAAUGGGAUUAGUCAGCUCUGCCCAAAUGGUGAAAUUUCUUGCUAUUAAUGCUAGGCCCACCAUGGAGAGAUCUAUUUCUCGGUUACUUCCUCCAGGAUUAUCCAGGGCAUUCAUUGGCAGGAAGAUCGCAGAUCCGGCAUUUGUAUACAAGCUGCUUCUGGAGCAGGCAACUACAAUUGGUUGCUCAGUGUGGUGGGAGAUCAAAAACCGUAAGGAAAGGAUUAAACAGGAGUGGGAUCUUGCACUUCUUAACGUUCUAACUGUAACGGCUUGCAAUGCUGCUGUUGUUUGGACGCUUGCUCCUUGUCAUUCCUAUGGGAAUACAUUCCGCUUCGAUUUGCAGAACACAUUACAGAAGCUUCCGAACAAUAUCUUUGAAAAGAGUUAUCCUUUAAGAGAAUUUGACUUGCAGAAGAGAAUUCAUUCUUUUUUCUAUAAGGCAGCAGAGUUGUGUAUGGUUGGACUCAGUGCAGGAGCCGUGCAAGGGGGUCUAUCAAAUCUUCUUGCCAGUAAAAAAGAGGGAAGGUUAUCAGUGAGUAUCCCAUCUGUGAGCAGUAAUGCACUUGGUUAUGGGGCCUUCCUUGGUGUUUAUGCAAACCUGCGUUACCAGCUGUUGAAUGGAUUUGACAGAGCUGUAAUUAGUUACUUUGAUGUUAUUGGGGUGGCUCUCUUCUUCAGCACUGCCAUGAGAGCCUUGAAUGUUCAAGUAGGAGAGACAUCAAGGCUAGCUUGGCUUGGUGUGGAGGUGGAUCCAUUGGCUCAUUCAGAUGAUGUAUUGAAGGCGUACAGUCGGCCUACUGAAGGUCUCGAGCAGUCAUCGUCAAAGUGGUUCAUAUCCAAGAAUGCCAUUGUUUCCGGGCUCGGGCUUCUUGGUAUUAAACAGGGUCAGAAUAACUCAACGACUGAGGGUGAAACACCAGCAGCUCCCAAGGCUCGGAGAAAAAGAGUAGUCAAGAAAAAGGUAGCAAGUUGAGCCUAGGUAGUUGAUAUAGUAGGCCUUCAACUGCUCAAUUUUUGCAAACCUGAGUCUUGGAUGAGGAUUUUUGGUCUAAAGAAGCUGAGAUGCAAGUUCAGUUAUGAUCAUUACAGCUGGAAGUGAUUCAACUGUUCCAGGAUGCUGGGAAAGCCGCAUCUCAGUUGUUUCCUCAUUCCUUUCUAGAUUUUUAUAACAAGAUUUAAGAUUGAAGUUUGCAAAUCUUUUCAAUGGCUAGGUUGUAGGUAUAUUGCUGAUCAAUCAUUUUUUUUCAGAUGCUUAUAGUUUCAUGGCUACACCUUAUCUACUUUCUUUUUCUCACUGGUAGUGACGUAGUAGUGUCGUGCACUAGAGCUCUAUUAUGAGUACGUUUACUUGUUAGGCAGGGAUUGAGAAAACUUGGCCCUUUUUCAUUUCUUUUUUGUUAUGUUUUUCCUAUUCUAAUCCAACCAAGAUGUACAAACUUCCACACAAGGAGUGACAGCUUUUAAUCUUUUCCCUCGUAA